AUGUCUAUGUACUACGAAACAGCAACACACAGCAUAGCUGCUGGUGUAGUCCUGUCAAUAGUAGACACUUUCGUAGUGUCUCUGAAAUUCUGGACACGCCGGAUUCAAAAGCAGCCCCUGAAAGCAGACGACUGGCUUUUAGUGCCAGCUACGAUUUUGACCGUCGGUAUUGGAGUUGUCCUGACUUAUGGCGCAACGCAUAAAGCGAUUGGAUGGCCCCUCGUAGUUCCUCCAGAUUAUCAAGGGAAUAUCAACAUGAUGUAUACUGAUCAAGUGUCAUUAUCGCGAAAAGUUCAAUAUGCAUUUAUCUUAAUGCAUCCACUGGCCUUAGGGCUAACCAAAGCCUCCCUCCUCUUUCUGUACAAACGCAUCUUCGCAACAGAAAGAAAAACACGUGCUUUGCUUACCACAAGCAUUACAGUCGUGGCCUUAUGGACAGUUGCAUUCUUCUUCUCGGAAGUGUUCCAGUGUAAAACAAACUUCUGGGCUAACUGGGGAACGACCCAUGAUAUCCAGACACAAUGCCUGAAGACGACAAAAAUACUAUGGGCAGUCUGUCUCACCGACUUCGCCCUUGAUCUACUGGUGCUGAUAAUCCCUAUUCCUCUUACUUUGCGACUAAAGUUAUCUGCUAAAAAGAUGGCUGCCGUGCUUGGAAUCUUCCUCUUGGGAGCCAUCACAGUAGCGGCGUCUUUGCUUCGGCUCAUCGUACUAACCGGGCUUGUCUUUUCGCCUCAUAGCGCUACCGCAAGUCAUCGAUUCGUUAGUAUAACGACUUCGAUGUAUUGGGGAAUGGUCGAGUCUAGCAUCGGAAUAAUCGUUGCGUGUCUUCCAACGAUCCAGUUCCUGUUUCGAAGGAAUAGUCUGACGGGAGCUUCGAGAUCAGUCACCAUGCGGCGAUAUGGUAAGGUCGACAUAUCAAGGCCAAGACCUUUCCAAUCGUCAUUUUCUAGCGGGCCUACCAAUCAAACUGAAGACAGCGUUGAUGUUGCAUACUCAAACAAGUACAAAAGUCCUAUUGUUGAUAGAGCUGUUGUUCUCGUUUGA